GUUGCAACAUUUCUGAUAACAGAAAUUUGAAACUAUGAGCCUUCUUCCCGCCAUAACACCAGCUUCUGUAACUUGCCCAAACUCUCUUAUCUCUCCCCCAAACCCCAAAACCCAACCCUUAUCUUCUAACCCAAAUCCCCGAAUCUCCCUUAAACCCUUAGAAUCUGUCGUCUUAUGGACCUCUUCAAUUUCUCGUCACUGCCGUGCAGGCCAGCUAUCCCAAGCUGCCCAAGAGUUUACACGCAUGAGACUCUCUGUUGUUGAGCCAAAUCAUAUCACUUUCAUUACCCUUCUUUCGGGUUGUGCUGAAUUUCCAUCAAAAGGUCGGGAUUUGGGUUCUUUGAUUCAUGGAUAUGUUUGCAAAUUGGGUUUAGAUAAAGAAGACGUGAUGGUGGGCACCGCGCUCGUGGAAAUGUACUCUAAAGGAGAACAAGUGGAAGUGGCUAAGUUGGUUUUUGAUGCGAUGAUGGUGAAGAAUUCGGUUUCCUGGAAUACGAUGAUUGACGGGUAUAUGAGGAAUCGAGAAUAUGAGAAGGCAGUUGAGGUGUUUGAUGAAAUGCCUCAAAGAGAUGUCAUUUCUUGGACUGCCUUGAUUAAUGGGUUUGCUAAGAGGGGGUUUUACGAGGAAGCAUUGGAUUGGUUUCGAGAAAUGAUGAUUUUUGGCGUUGAGCCUGAUUACGUGACCAUCAUAGCUGUUUUAACAGCUUGUGCUAAUUUGGGUACUCUUAGUGUUGGCUUAUGGGUUCAUCGGUUUGUUUUGAAACAAAGUUUUAGAAACAAUGUUAGAGUAAAUAAUUCGUUGAUUGAUAUGUAUUCACGAUGUGGAUGCAUAGAAUUUGCUCGUGAAGUUUUUGACAAGAUGCAGAAGCGAUCAUUAGUAUCGUGGAAUUCAAUCAUUGUAGGGUUUGCUGUAAAUGGAUUUGCAGAGGUAGCUUUGAAAUACUUUGAUGCAAUGCAGAAGGAAGGGUUUAAACCAAAUGGGGUCAGCUUUACUGGAGCACUUACUGCUUGUAGCCAUGCUGGUUUAGUGGAUGAAGGGCUCCGUUACUUUGAUAUUAUGAAAAGAGUUCAUAAGAUAUCCCCUAGAAUUGAGCAUUUCGGUUGCAUAGUUGAUCUUUAUAGUCGUGCUGGAAAGUUGAAAGAAGCAUGGGAUCUUGUACGAAAUAUGCCUAUGAAGCCAAAUGAAGUUGUAUUGGGGUCAUUGUUAGCAGCAUGUAGAAAUUAUGGCGAUAUUAGCUUAGCCGAAAGGAUAGUGAAAAACCUUGUGGCAUUGGACCCUGGUAGCGAUUCCAAUUAUGUGCUGCUCUCAAACAUAUAUGCAGCAGUUGGGAGAUGGGUGGGGGCAAGCAAGGUUAGGAGGAGAAUGAAAGCACUUGGGAUACAAAAGAAACCGGGUUUUAGUUCAAUUGAGAUUAGUGGUUGUGUUCAUGAAUUUGUUGCCGGUGACAAGUCACAUAUAGACAAAGAUAGUAUUUAUGCAAUGCUUGAGUUGCUCUCCUUUGAUUUAAUGUCUUCUGGGUAUGCCCCUGAAAUUGUUGUAAGAGAAUUAUAUGAAAGUGAUUAAACCUACCAAUGAAUAAUAAAGAAACAA